GCCCCCUGUAUAGGUCCUGGUGUCCCUGUGCCACAAUUAAUUUUAGUCAGUAACACUACUGGCCAAAAGUUGCGAUAAUUCUGCUGGCACAGUGUGAGAUGUUUACGAGAAUAUUUGAACGCAUCUUUUGGAGCCUGCGCAGUGUCCAAAUCCGCACUUGUCACAUGUCAAAACAAAUGCCCUUCUGUUCCUGCCUAAAGUUUUGUCCUCUGUGCUGCGUGUUUAGCUUUGCAUUGACCUCAUGAAAUACAAGACGACAUUCAGAUACACGGUACAGUUGUAUUAUAUAACAUCAGACACAUUCAUCAGAAGUUAACCGACUUUCUCUGUGACCGUUAGUAACGGUAGCGUUGCUAACAUUGUGGAUGUUUACAGCAGUGACACUCGGUGUCAGGAUCAAUGGCGUCCUGUUUGGCAGAGUGGGUAACUUCAUGCUCCAACAUCAUUUUAUCUGCCACUGCACUGUACUCUUCUUAUAAACUUUUUAAGGACCAUAGAGCUCCUUCAGUAGGCCUUUUCCUGCUUGGACUCUCUGCAGCAGUUUGCAUCUUGCAUCCCUCCAGUUCAUACCUGACCUCCCUGCAGAGAGAAGCAGAGUGGGCCAGCGAGGUUUUGGCUCCAGCGCUGGUCUCUUUCGACUUCCUGUGGCUCAGUCAAGACCACAACACAGCGCAUGUUCUCAUGUGUGGCACUUGCCUGCUGCUGGGGCUGUGUGACUGGCUCUCAGCAGAUGCUCUCACAGUGAUGACUCGCUGCCUGGGCCUGUCCUCCCUGUCCUGCUGCCUCACAGUGUGUCUUUUUGCUGGUAAUGCUCUAGGGGCCCUGAGUGGUGUGGCCCUCAGUCUGCCCUUGCUUGUGACCCCACAGGUUGGAACAAACACUUUUGCUCCGCUCAUUUCUCCAGCUUCCUCCGAGGGAGUGAUGAAGUGGUUUUUGAAAGGGUCGAUGUCGAUAGGCUGUUGGGCCUCAACGAAGGCCCUUGGCAAGUUUCUGUUGGAUGUGACUGACCGAUGUAACAUAGGAAUUUAUUAAAUCAGUAAAUAUCUGUGUGAUUAGUCAGAAUCUGUGUACAUGUAUGUACACACACAUAUAUAUAUAUAUAUAUAUAUAUAUAUAUAUAUAUAUAUACACCAAGUGCUGCAAAGACAAGUUUUGCAGAUACAGAAAUUUAAUGUGCCUAACUUAGAAGCAUUCUGAGACAUUUGUGAAGAAGAUUUAAUGUAAAUUUCGCUAGAACUUAACCAGUUUGUCACUUAUCGAUUCAUCAGUGGUCAGAAAAUUAAAUGGCAACAAUUUUGGUAAUUAUUAACCAAGCAAGUGUUAAUUAUCAAACAAAACUUCCAACAGUAGCUGAUCUGAACUUCUCAAAUUUGAGUACCUGCUGCUUUUGUAUUUGUCACAUCAGUAUGAAUUAAAUAUUUUGGGCCCUUUUCCACUAUUUUGUGACAUUUUGUCAACUAAACAAUCAAGCAAAUAAUGGAGAGAUAAUUAAUAGUGAAAAUAAUCAUUGGUUGCCACACAAGUUUCUACGCUGGAGGUCACACGGACUAAAGGAUAACAUUCUUUUAGAUUUGAAUGCAACAUACAAGCAAUGGUAAUGUUGAUGAACAAAACAGUAAAUUAGUGUCGAGAUAAAUAGAAAAAGUAAUAUUACAGUAACCACAAUAUCCUAGUCAUGUAUUGAUUCUUAUAAUGGUAUGUGCUUAAAGUGUCAGUGUGGAAAUCUACAGCUCACUGGAAUAUACAGUCGCUGCUACAGUUGUGUCUGAACUUCAUAUGAAUGUAAUCUGAAUGUAACACAGCAUUAGACAAAACACACAUACUCUCAUUUGCAUGAGAGUACGUGACCACAGUUUAUAACUGACCAGUCCACUGUGGCCUUGUGUAGCCUUUUUAGGCUUCCUGGUAGUGCCUGGUUGACAUUUAUUGUCAUCCGAUGUGAAUAUUUGAAUGUCCUCUGUGAUUGUCAGUGAAUGUCUACCAGGCUGUACUUACUCUCAGGCUACUGACAUCCUGCACACAUCUCUCUGCUUACUGUUUUAGUGUUUCCAAAAACACCCAGCCUCAGCAGUAUCUCUAUUAAAAUAUCUGCAGUGGUCUAAGCUUUUGGCCCUGCUCUUACCUCACCAUGCCCAUUUGAUACUUAUCAGUGCACUUCUUUUUUUUUUUAUUACUUCCUUGGUUUUUAGUUGCUUUAAUCUUGACUGAAACGACCUCAUCUGUUUAACUCACCAUUACUUAAAUGUUGUGUGUAUAAUUUUGUUUGUCCACAGUGUUGUCAUUGAAAGGUAUUGAUGUUCUUUACAGAGAUUUGUAGUGGACACUGCAGACUCUCUUCCUGGAUUUCAGAGUUGUGAACAGCCGGCUCAGCAGUUUUACUGCAGUAUUUGUGCAGGCAUCUGUAGCUCUGUGCCUGUCUGUGGGAAAAUGCCUUUGUCAAACCUCAAGGCACAGAUGACUAGUGAUGUUUUCAAUCUAAUCUAAUUAUGUUUACAUAUAAUUAUGAUAAUUGUGUUGACUGUUCUUUUUUAUAAUGCUUUAUCGUUAAGUUUAUGUCUUUGUGGGGGUAUUUAAAAAAUGUCACAUUCUGUACUUUUACUUAUUCUCUUAUUGAAUUGAUUUUUGUUCACAAAAAUGUUAAUAUGCAAUAAAGGAAGAUGCAGUUAACAUGUCUUAAAUAAAUUAUAUGAAUUAUAACCCCA